CAAUAGCAUUUCAGUCUCCGAGGCAAACAAUACAAAAGGCUUUAACGGAAUCUGUGAACAACGCAGGCGUUAUACCAUUAGUUUCCCAGGUAUUCCAAGAGAUGCCAUCACUGUGCUUGUACAAAGAGCAUAGGAAAACGUUGACCUUUCUGUGCAUAACACUUUAUGAUACCGCUGUGAGCCUCUCAUCUAAUAAGCAUCAGAAUAACUUUAUGAAUCUCACUAAAACUUUAUUACAGUCGUUCAAGCCUCCAAGGCAACCAAACUAUCCAUUCUUGAAACCAGCUGUAUUAUCAAGACAAGAACUCCUGGAAGUUUGCAUUUAUCCGAAUUUAUAUCACCAUGAUAACGAUUUCCAUGGUGAAAACAACCAUAGUCUCCAAGGUGAUUGUUUCCAUGGUGAUUAUCUCAAUGGCGGUCAUAUCCAUGGUAGUCAUCUCCAUGGUACCAUGCGCCCUCGAAUCAACUUGCUUCUAAGUCUGCAGCUGUUAAAGAUUAUAUUGGAUACAUCGAUAAGUGGAACCACGAUUGCUAAAAGCAUUGAAAGAGACCAUAUAUUUCCAAUCAUGCUCUGUCUAGCUUCUUUCAUUAAUGAAAGCAUAGUAUUAUGGGAUGGCACUGUGGAAUGUGUAAACAGAGAAGAUGUUAAAGAACUGAGCAAGACACUCCUGCAAAUUCUAUGCAAGACUCUUAAUGAAAAAUGGAUGGAAAGUGACAAUGAAGGUAUACAGUGGUUGAUGUUUAAAGUGAGAUCUUUUCAUUGGUCAGUUGAAUUGUACCUGCGCUUCUUAUUGGCUGAUUAUUUAAGCAAUAAGGAUGCAGCAGCUCAGUUUUCUGUAUCACAUUUCUUAAACACAAAGUGGAACACCACCUACUUGAAAUUAGAUUGUCUGGAAAAUGUAUUGGCUUUUCUUCAGUGCUGUCAAAUAUCCCCUAUUAUUGCUGAGAUUCAACUCCAGAGUAUUCUCCACCAUGACACCAACGAUGGGUUGCUGGUAGCCCUGGUACGGGCACUAGUCCAGCUCUUACCUCAGUGUACACAGCCGGAGUGGUCCAAUAUAACAAAGAUUUUGGGAAAACUACUGGAGAGGAAGAAAAUCCAUGUGCCUCUUAGUGCUAAAUUCAUAUGUGCACUUCCACUGAUAGAUUUUAAAGAAUAUGCAGUUCAGCUAGGCAUUAGUUCACUCUUCUUAAUGAUCUUUGAACUGCUGGGGAGCAAGUCUUGCCCCUGGAGCCAUGCAACCGGUAUUUGGAAACAUACAGUGAAAUGCUAUGUUAAUGUAAUGAAGGAACUUCUGGGUAAUAUUCAAGAUUGCAGUUCUACCGAUCAAGCUAAAGGAUUUCUUAUUGGUCAGCUUUUCUGCCACAACCUAGAGGUCAUGGGUUACAUCCCUGAAUCCGUGAAAGGUCAACUGUUUGUUCUGACCCUAGAAAUUAUGUCAAUGCUAGAGGAAUUGACAGAGAAAACACUCAAAGAAAUAUUUUUCGCAACAAAGCAGGAUAGAAUAUUUCAAAAACUUGUUCUGCGUAUGACGGACGGCGACGACAAAAGUACCUUGCGGCAGAAACUAAAAACAAUAAAUAUAAUUUUAUAAUUUCAUACAUUCAUUACAUUCCAUUGGAUUUGCAGCUGUGCAAAUUACUUUUUCUAUCUCCCUUUCGUACAUAAACUGUCAAAUUAUAAUUAAAGAAAAUUGAUGUCUACAUGCUGUGAUAAACCUUUUGGAUUUUAUUACUUUGUUUAACUACUAUUGCAACACCAUGGGAUCACAGUUUAAUACGUACUUGCUUAUUGUAGACAAUUAAGAUGUUGCUGAAACAGGAACGAUAAUGGGAAAUAGUUAAUUUGAAUAUUUAUGUAUUAGUUUAUGAACAAAGGAUAGAGAAAAAAUUAGAUGUAAGACAGCAGUAUUUAAAUUUAACUUACAAAGACAAGUGUAAGAUUUUUCUUUUCAAUAAAAUAAUAUUUUAUCAUUAGGAUAAUAUUCAUAUUUUAUAUUAAAGGAUUAUGAAAUAUUUGUUUAACUAUUAUUGCAAGACCAUGGGUUCACAUUUUAAUACGUACAUGCUUAUUGUAGACAUUUAAGACGUUGCUGAUACAGAAAAUGAUAAUGGGAAGUAGUUAAUUUGAAAAUUUGUGUAUAAGUUUAUGAACAAAAGAUAGAGAAAAAAGUAAAUGUAAAAGACACAGCAGGAAUAUUUACUUACAAAGACAAGUGUAACAUUUUUCUUUUCAAUGAAAUCAUAUUUUAUCAUAAGGAUAAUAUUCAUAUCUAUACUACUAAAAUAAUGUUUUAUGUUUUUCUCUGUCCACCAAAUAUCUCUGAAAGUAUUUCAAGUACAAUUAUGAUUUUCAGAGAAGUUUAGGGUCAUACCCACAGGUAAUUUUGUUAGUUACAUCUGGUUACAUAUUAUGUAGAUACCGUAGCCUUAUAUUUAGUACAUGCAUUCACCAACUUGAUUUAAAAAAAGCAUCUCUCAUGCCCAACAGCAACUAGGCCAGCCUACUCUGUAGCCAAAUAAAUAAAAAUUGUGUUGGUCACGCCCGACUGACCCAAAUUUUACGAAAUUUAGGGUCGACAAUUUAGUUGUUUUUUUUUUUGUUUGUUUUUAUUUUACAACAAACAAUAUUUUGUAUGAGCAAAUAAGGCUGGAAUAAAAUGGCCAGGCCUUGAGGCCAAGGCCUAGCCUAUUUUGCUGGACGGUAUGCGAUGCGAAUCCAAAAUUGUUGUAUUUGUGUAUUUUCCACUUUUUAGGCGUAAACACAUUCUGGCUACCGACCUACCCAAUUUGGGGAUUUUCUCAAGACGUGGCUAACGUGGCUAACAAAAAAAAAAAGAAAAAUAAAUGAAUAAAUAAAUAUUGGCCUAAUGUAGGCCUUAUAUCAAACAAUUCCUAAUACGCACUAUUCAGCAAAGACUCAUCAUUUUCAAAGACCACCUGCAGAAAAAUUAUGACAAGGCAAACAUAACAUCCACAACGAUUGCCUGCUAACUUCCAAUAACAUCAACUAUAUACAUCGCCACCUUCCCCUACUCACUUAACACUGUGCGAAGCACAGGUGUAAUGCUAGUUAUUAUGUUAGUUAUUAUUAAAGCUAGUAAAAUAUUUGUGUAACUGUUAUUGCAUGACCAUGCUUAUUGUAGAUACUUAAAACAUUGCCAGAAACAGAAAAUGAUAAAGGCAAAUAGUUGAUUUGAAUACUUAUAAGUUUUUAUGAGCAAGGGAUAGACGAAAAAGUAAAUAUAAAAGGAACAGUAAUAUUUAACUUUAAUUUACAAAAACUUUUUUCUUUUCACUGAAAUUAAUAUUUUUAUCAUUAGUAUUAUAUUCUUAUUUUAUAUUAAAGGAUUGCAAAAUAUAUAUGAUACACAUUUUUUGUAAUACUUUUUAAUCUUUUACUUUUGUAUUUGAAUGUGCACCGUAUAUGUGUGGACUUGUUCAUACCUGAAGGCCAUAUGCUGGUCUUGGCCUGGGGAGGGGAGAGGUUCAUGCAAAAAUUCAGAAUGCAGAUUUUAUUACCCACUUAGUGGAACAAUCAUUUGAUGACAAGAUGAGACCUCCGAAAAGAUACCAAGAUUUCUUUAUAAAAAUAUUAUUUGUUAUUUUUACUUACCAACACUUGACACCCUAAUAUUGUAUAACAUUGGUAAAUUUUGUAUGCUGUCUUCUGGCGUAUGUAUGGUCAAAUUCAUCUACACCACAGCUACUUGGCAGUUUUUGUUAAUAUUUUGUAAUAUUUAAACAUUAUUUUUACAUGAUUGUGAAAUUAAAUGAAAUAUCAGACAG